AUGGAGGGAAUCCUCACACAAGAGGCUGACAUCGGAGGACCACAAAAAGCUGGACGUGGCGCGGGGCCAAGCAGCGACGACCGGAAGAAAAGAAAGCGAGAGAAAGAAAACCUCAGGGCAAAGGCAGCUGGGGAAGAGACGGAGAACGGCGUCCUCCUGCCCUCCCUGCAGUCGGCCCUGCCCUUCCUGGACCUGCACGGGACGCCACGCCUCGAGUUCCACCAGUCGGUGUUUGACGAGCUGCGGGACAAACUCCUGGAGCGAGUGUCAGCCAUCGCCUCGGAGGGGAAGGCCGACGAAAGGUACAAGAAGCUGGAGGAUCUUUUAGAGAAGAGCUUUUCUCUGGUCAAGAUGCCAUCCCUGCAGCCAGUGGUCAUGUGCGUCAUGAAACACCUGCCCAAGGUACCUGAGAAGAAGCUGAAGUUGGUGAUGGCAGACAAGGAGCUGUACCGAGCAUGUGCUGUGGAGGUGAAGCGGCAGAUCUGGCAGGACAAUCAGGCACUCUUCGGUGAUGAAGUCUCCCCACUGCUGAAGCAGUACAUCUUGGAGAAGGAGAGUGCACUCUUCAGCACAGAGCUUUCUGUCCUGCACAACUUCUUCAGCCCCUCUCCCAAGACGAGGCGUCAGGGUGAGGUGGUGCAGAAGCUGACGCAGAUGGUGGGGAAGAACGUGAAGUUGUACGACAUGGUGCUGCAGUUCCUGCGCACGCUGUUCCUCCGCACCAGGAACGUGCACUACUGCACCCUGCGGGCCGAGCUGCUCAUGUCCCUGCAUGACCUGGACGUUGGUGACAUCUGCUCCGUGGACCCUUGCCACAAGUUCACCUGGUGCCUAGAUGCCUGCAUCCGAGAGCGGUUUGUGGACAGCAAGAGAGCUCGAGAGCUACAGGGAUUUCUGGAUGGAGUGAAGAAGGGGCAGGAGCAGGUCCUGGGGGACUUGUCCAUGAUUCUGUGUGACCCCUUUGCCAUCAACACACUCUCACUGAGCACUGUCCGGCACCUGCAGGAGCUGGUUAGCCAGGAGACACUGCCUAGGGACAGCCCUGAUCUCCUCCUGCUACUUAGAUUGCUGGCGCUGGGACAAGGGGCAUGGGACUUGAUUGACAGCCAAGUCUUCAAGGAGCCCAAGAUGGAAGCUGAGCUAAUCACACAGUUCCUGCCCAUGCUCAUGUCCUUUGUGGUGGAUGACUAUACCUUCAAUGUGGACCAGAAGUUGCCAGCUGAGGAGAAAGCCCCAGUCACGUACCCCAACACACUUCCUGAAAGUUUCACCAAGUUUCUGCAGGAACAGCGCAUGGCCUGUGAAGUGGGGUUGUACUAUGUCCUGCACAUCACCAAGCAGAGGAACAAGAAUGCGCUCCUCCGCCUGCUCCCGGGGCUUGUGGAGACGUUCGGUGACCUGGCCUUCAGCGACAUCUUCCUCCACCUGCUCACAGGAAGCCUGGUGCUGCUGGCGGAUGAGUUUGCUCUAGAAGAUUUCUGCAGCAGCCUCUUUGACGGCUUCUUCCUCACUGCCUCGCCCAGGAAGGAGAACGUGCACCGGCAUGCACUGCGCCUCCUCCUCCACCUGCACCCCAGGGUGGCCCCGGCCAAGAUGGAGGCCUUGCAGAAGGCCCUGGAACCCACGGGCCAGAGCGGGGAGGCUGUGAAGGAGCUCUACUCCCAGCUCGGUGAGAAGCUGGAGCAGCUGGACCAGCGGAGACCCAGCCCUGCCCAGGCCACAGAGACGCCCACGCUGGAGCUGCCACUCCCCAGUGUGCCCACCACGGCAGCCCUCUGAGACUUUGUGGGCUGCUUGCUCGUGGGCCCUUCUGGGAGGAGGCCCUGGUGUGUCAGGUCUGGGUACGGAGGAGCGAGGGUGGUUGGGGGCAGGGUGCUCCCUGCGCUGCUUGGCCUGCUGGAGUCGGUCCUCUGCCGACCCUCUGGGGAGCAAUGGGACCCCCAGCUGAGCCUUUAGUGGGAAGCUUGCUAAUGCAUGGCCACACUGCAGGUUUUCACAGCGUUGGCAGAAAUGGGCAUGGGGUGAAGUUAGGAACAAGCCGAGGGGGAGAACAGGGCCAGCAGACCUGACCUGACCUUCAAGGCUGGGGGGGCAGAGGAAGCGAUGGCCAUGUUGGCCAAAGCAGGGGUUCGCUGGUCUGCAGUCUGAGGCAUGCGCUUCUCCUCCAUGGAGGCCAAGAGGACAGGCCUGGAGGAACAGAGGCCACAGGUGCUUCUGACCAAAACUCUAGAGCAGAGCCAGGCCCCUCCUCUUGGCAUGCCCAGCAGGGAGCGCCGCCUCUGGCCGCACCUCUUGUGACCCUUGUUAGGGACAGCAGGUGCACCCAGAGGUUUGUUUCAUGUAAAUAAAAGCAGUUUUGGUAUGUCUGUG